CGCGACCCAAGACGACGUUACAGCGCAAUGCCGGGCAAUGGCAAGGUGAAGCACCCCACCCUGGACAUCUAUCGGCCGCCCAGUGAGUACAGCCCUGCCCUGCAACGAGGGUUCAGUGUUCGCCUGGAAGGCGCUCAGAACGGGAUGGCCGCCACUCAGAGGUCGCUCAAUGUCCAUGCCCCCGAGUUCACCAUGAACAAGAUCCAUUCCUCCAGAUCCACUUCAAACAUGAUGAUGAACGGAUAUGGUAUGAUGGGUCAUCAAGGAUAUGGUGGGAAAGCUCCCAUGAUGCAUCAGGGUAAGGCGGCACCACCGAUGAUGAAUCCCUUGCAAAUGUCCAAGUCCAGUGGGAAUGUGUUACAUGCCGUGCAGCCCCAGCCAGCUGCUGUGGUCCCCAACACCGUCCAGCAGAUGCAGCCCCGAGCAGUCCACUUCCAGGAGACUGUCAUGGCUGUUCAUGCACCACACAAGCCCUCCGGCUCCAGCUUGAAGAGGUCUAAGAGCCUCAGUGCCACAGACACUCUGAGGACUUCGCCUAUCAUGGGUAACUACUCAGACCUCGGUAGCUUCUCCGCCGAGGUCCAACAAGACAUUCAACAGGCCAUCAAGGACCCCAACGAGAUGUCGGCUCGCUCAUUGAUGACGCUCGCCAAGCUGAUUGUUGAGCGAGCGACGAGUGAUAGACGCUACGCUGAAUGUGCUGCGAAAAUUUGUAUUAGUAUCAUUGAAAAUGAGAAGAAAGAAACUUUCUUAGAAUCGCUGUUAAACACGUGUCAGCUCUCAUAUCAGGAGAGAGACAAGGUGUUGCGUUCUACAGCUACUGGAAGUCGGUCGGUACCGGCAGUACAUGACCUUCCUGAACGAAAUUAUGUACAACUGAAAAGGAGCCAACUCCAAUUGAAAACUCAGUAUGAUGGUGUACCGCCACAAAUUAUGUUGUUGACUCUACUCUCCAAAUGUUUCAUUGACUGUCUGCAAGCCAAACCUCUCUCUAAAAUAGAGAUCGAGGCUAUAUUCUUCAUCCUCACGUCGAUCGGUAAAGAUUUGGAACACGACCUACCGAAAAUGAUGAGUCAAGUGUUUUUCAACAUAAGGGACGUGUUCAUGACGCCAGCGUCGGCGGGCCCGAUUAAGAGCACCCUGCUGCAGCUGAUCGAGCUCCGAGCGUCCAAGUGGCAGAUGCCCGCGUCCGCUGUCAUGUACUAUUACCCGGGCUCGCGUUGACGCAGGACACCGGGUCCACCACACCGUUACCGUCUCUCGGUUGUACAAUACUUUCCACUACAACCCGCGACCUAUCUUUCUGUUGAAACUAACUCGUUUAGUUACUAGUCAACUGUUAAUAUUCAGAUGUUUAGGUGUUAAUAGAAUUUUUAUAUAACUAAUUAUUUAUAUGUAUAUAUUGUUCUCUGUUAAGCACAGCAACGUGCUUGUGUAAGACUGCUUAUUGGUUAGUUAGUAAGGUGACUAGCAAUAAAGGAGAUGAGUUUUAGUUUGUUUUUAAGAGGAUACCAACAUGAUAAUAUUAGUAUUACGUUUUUAAUACGUACAAUUUUAAAAUUUGUUAUUGAAAACGUAAUAAAAUCAGGGAAUAUCUUACCAACAUAAUGUUUUUAUAAAGGUACUUCGACUAAUAAUACUCUUAUUAUAAGUAUUGUACGCUUUAAUGAAGUCGUAGUUGUAUUCAGCAUUGUAUCGAAUUUAAUUACGUUUUUAAUACGUACUGUUUUCAAAUUUGUUAUUAAAAACGUAAUCAAAUCAGGGAAUAUCUUACCAACAUAAUGUUUUUAUAAAGGUACAUUUGACUAAUAAUACUCUCGUUAUAAGAAUCGUACUCGUAGUUGUAAUCCACCAUUGUAUCGAAUUUAAUAACGUAAAACAUUGUUUUUAUCCUCUUCUGUUUAAAUGGAUAUUUGAGGUGAAAUAUGUUAUUUGAUAAUCUUUGAUACUCUUCUUAAGGUUUGUGAUGUACUGUAACUGUUAACUUAGAUAAUUUCUUAAAUAACAUUAACCAUAACGUAGCAAGAACGUUUCACAAUUAAUUUAAGAUUGUUUUCGUUGUGGUCCCUAAGAAAGUUGAACAGAAAUAUUCUUGACAUUCCCCAAUUGUUUACCCGUAUAUGAUAAAAACUUUGAUUUGGUAAGUUCGACGGUGUAAUUUGUAAGAAGUCUUACGAAAUACCCUUGAAGUGUAAUAAUCCCCCUCUUGAAGAAUUUUAACAGUUUUGGUGUAAUUCGUUUGUACUGCGUGUUUUUUAAAACCAGAUUUUCUACUCGUGAAUUGUUUUUAAUCUAAGUGUUUGUUAGUGUACGUCGUCGAGGAUGGGUAGAGGUGGCCGAUACUGAUUAUUAUUAUUAUAAACAUCAAGUUCCACAAACCUGUGCCAUUAACAGUGCCUUUCCUACGUUACUCAAGUUGUGAACGGAGUGCGGUCAGAACCGACAACUUCACAAGGGACAAUGUGCCAAAGCUUUGGCCAAAGCUACUCCAGCGUUGUUUUGUAUUAUGAAAUGUUCAUUUUGAAUAACAUGUUUAUUAUUAA